GUCCACCCAGUCUCAGGAAAGCCUAUAAACCCUCCGGCUUCGAUGACCAUAGAAAUACACACUGCAAGUCUUUCUUUUUUACUUACUGAGUGAUCAUUUUACACACAGAUACCAGCCAUGGACAACAUACAGACGAAAACUGUGGAUGUCUUUAAAUCUGUUGUGUACAGGAUUCCUGCUCUUUUCUACGACAGAAACAGUGAAACUCUUCUAGCUUUUGCAGAGCAGAGGGAGACUGCAGAUGAUGCCAGUACAAAGAACCUGGUUAUGAGUAGAGGAACGCUGAAGGAUGAAUCCUCUGGUGCAAAGACAAUUGAGUGGUCGGAGUUCAAAAUAGUGGAAAAGGCAAAACUUGACAACUACCGUCCUAUGAACCCCUGCCCAGUGUUUGAGAAGAACACCAACACACUUUUCCUGUUUUUCAUCUGCGUUGAGGAUGGUGUGACAGAGCAAUGGCAGAUAAAAAACUGCACCAACAAGGCCCGUCUCUGCUACAUCACAAGCACUGAUCUUGGACAAACCUGGAGUGAAGAAGGUGUGACAGAGUUGACAGACAAACUGGACGAAAUUAAGAACUGGAAAACAUUUGCUGUUGGGCCAGGCCAUGGUCUUCAAAUGAAGAAGGGUAGAUUGAUUGUUCCUGUUCAUGCUUAUGCUUGUGUUUGUGCUCCCUGCUCUUCCUGCUGUUGUUACAUAACGUGUAUGUGUUCGUGUACGUGCUCUGCUCCGAAUGCUCUUGCCCUGUACAGCGAUGAUAGGGGCAGCACAUGGAAGUUAGGCAAAAUGUUUCAAUCACAAUCAGGGGAAUGUCAAAUGGCAGAGAUUUUUGAUGGAGACAAAAGCUCCAUCUACUGCAAUGCUCGUAGUCAGGGAUGCUGUCGAGUGGAAGCUGUCAGUGAAAAUGGUGGAGCUGAUUUUCACACAUUGAGCAAUGCUACAAAGCUUGUUGAAACUCAUUCAGGUUGUCAGGGAAGUGUGGUCUCAUUUCCAGCUCAAGAUGAAGGUGCAGAGGGUGACCCAAAGUGGCUGCUCUACACUCACCCAUGUGAUCCGUGCAAAAGAUUUAAUUUAGGAGUGUAUGUGAACAAAUCCCCAAAGGAUCCAAGUAAGUGGAGCAAACCCUGGAUCAUUAACAGUGGACCCAGUGGUUACUCAGACCUGGCUUACAUUGGUAAUGGUUGGUUUGCAUGUCUGGUGGAGUGUGGGGUGAAGAAAGAAACAGAGCAGAUAGCCUCUGUGGUUUUUAGCUACGAUGACAUCAAGCAAUCCACUACAAUGCAAUGUAUAAUGUCAUGUCAGUGUUUUAAAUGUCCGUAAAUGACAUGACAAUCAAAGUUAUGCUUGGAUGCUCUGUACUUUAAAAUGAUUAACAGCCAUUUACAAAUACAGUUAACUUUAAGUUGCUUACAUUUUCAUUUUGUUUUGAUUUUGAUUUCAGCUCUAACAACCAUGACACUUAUGUAUAAUACUGUGCUGAUAUUUUGUUGCACUUUUCAAAUGUGUAUUUACAAAGAUGCUAUAUUUACCCAGAGGUUGUGUUGUUUAUAAAAUGUAAAGAGCAAAAUACAUUUUGACAAA